AAUGAUUCAAUUGUAGUACUCAUUACUCAAACACCUUUUCUAAUUCUUUACUGUUUUUCUUAGUUCUUUUCUUCACCUAACACCGCUCCUAUAUUUCCCUUUUUAACCAAUCAUCAUUCUCAAUUUCUAUUUUUUUGCAUAAACCAAACCACGCAUGUUUUAUCUUGCGUGGCUUGGAUUGGAUUCAGGUUCAUUCAAUUCAACUUGUUUGGAAAAUUCAAUAUUUUCAGUCAAACCCUUUCUCUCUGCAUAUGUUUCAGGUUUUUUUUUCCUUGUCUUCAAUAUCAUAGGUUACAUAGGUUUCAGUUUUUGUUUCCUUAAAAAAUGAAACUUUUUAAUGUUAUCUGAGAUUGUGUCUCAAAUCAGGAAGUGGGUCAUUGAAAAAUAUAAUUUUUUCAAUUUUAUUUGAUCACAUUGUUUAUUCUAUGUAAUAAAAAAGAGAUUUUUUUGCUUGAUUUUUGGUGAGGUUUGUAUUGUUUUAUGUAAUUUUUGUUAGGAGUUUGUUUAAGGUUUGAGAGUUGAAAGGAUUUUCAAUGGGUCUAGAUGAGAGUGAAGUUAGAGUUGAGGUUUUGGAUUCGGUCCGUGACGUGAUUGAUGAGAAUUUGAGUAAUUUGCUUGAAGGGGUUGGAGAAGUUGGAACUUCAAGAGAGGUUGAUAAUGAUUCUGGAUCCAAUAAGGUGGAGGAUGAGGAAGUUAAGGUUCAGGAAAAGUGUGAUGAAUUGGUUAUGGUUGAUCAAGGAACUAGUUGUAAUUCAAGCAAUUUGGUGAAUCAAGAAGUGGUUGAGAGAGUGAUUGUAAUAGAGUCUGCUCAUGUUCAGAAUCAGUGUGUUAAUGGAGAGGAGAGGAAAUUAGAAGCAAAAGCUGAUGAGUCAGGGCUUAGUUUGGUUUCGAUGAAAGUGCCGAAAGGGGUGUCUGAAACUGAUAAAGAUUUAUGUGUGAUUGAUAUGAAGUGUAGCAGCCACAAAGGGUUUUAUGAGAGUUCACAAGGUGAAAGGGUUUGUAGGAUUUGUCAUCUGGCUUUUGGGCAGGCAUCGGAUGCAACGGCUGUUGAAAAUGCUAGUGCUGCAAAUGGAGAUUUAAUUCAGCUCGGUUGUGCUUGUAAAGAUGAGCUUGGCAUUGCACAUGUUCAUUGUGCUGAGGUGUGGUUCAAGCUUAAGGGAAACAGGUUAUGCGAAAUAUGCGGCGAGACUGCAAAAAAUGUUUCGGGUGUUGCCAGUAAUGGAUUUAUGGAAGAGUGGAAUGAUAGAAGAUUCAUGGAAAAUGACGAUAACUCAUCCCGCAGGUUUGGUGGAUGCUGGCGAGGACAGCCAUUUUGUAAUUUCUUAAUGGCGUGCCUGGUAAUAGCUUUCAUUCUGCCAUGGUUUUUUCAUGUAGAUAUGUUCUAGCUUGGGAAUCAAACACUUAUAAUUCUUCCCUUUUCAAUUCUUCAUACCUACUAAUAUAGUGAGUGAAUGAGUGGUUCAAAAAGUGACACAUUAUCAAAUUUUAGUGUCUGCCCAGAAGAUUUGAAAUUCGCUGCUUGAAUAUACGUUACGAGCUUGAUAAGCGAUCGCCAAAUUGUUUCUUUCCAUUAUUUGGAGUAUAUGUAUAUGUUGAUGGUCUGACGUAAAUGGUAAUAUAUUUGUUUUUCAUUUUUGUUUUGAAAAUACAAACAGAUAACAUAUUUAAAAUUUGGCGGGGAUAGAUCUUACUUGUGUAAGAAUUAAGCAGAGAACUCUUGAGUUGUGAUCAUGAGAAGUGUCUGUAUAUUUCCUUCUUUCUUAUGUAGUCAUUUGGCAAAUUUCAAAUUUACAAGCAGAGUUUAUAUGUGUGUA